CCAAUCUCAAUUUCCAAAUCUUAGGAAGUAAAAGAUCAUGGGAACUUUGAGUUUGUUAAGAUUGCGCUCUCUUCAGUCUCUCACUAUUUCUCUACCUCGGAGGGUUAAUCAGAGUUUGAACGGCGUCUGGAAUAUGCUUGCACUAUAAUAAAUUACACCAAAUUGACUAACUUACCGUAGCUUAAGUUGACCUGUUGACUUAUUCAGCUAGUCCUUGCUCACGUAAUCAGGACCUUUCCGCAUUCAAAGUAACCCAGCAAGACUCAAUCCUACGGUCACGCAAAGGUGAUCAGUCAGCGGAGACAAUUGCCAUCCUGCGUAAGCUUGUCUGUCGUUGCUGUUCGAUCUUGAGAAUUAGCAACCUAAAUAGUGCCAGAAGAGUAGUGAAGGGAAGAAGCCAAGAAGUCUUGUUCUGCCGUCCAUUUCUUCGUCUAUUCCUCCGCGCACGCACACACGGGAUUGAUGAUCAAUUCGCCGAAGGGCAGAAACUCAACCUAUCCGCAUUCGGUGCAGCCCGGACGGCCCUCCCGCGCUCUCAGGGUGUCGACUUCGCACUCGUCCUGCACUAGAGCAUGCUCUCUCCGCUGUUCGAGCCAUACUGGCUCGGAGAGCAAGGUUUUGCAGUCGCUGUCUCUGCCUUCGUUCAACCACUCCGCCUUGGCUGAUGAAAAUCACGCCUUUGGCGAGGCUUGGCACUUUCUUCACGCAUCACAACCUCAAGUGCUUCGUCUGCACCAACAGCCGCAGAAUUUGGCCAUCCUUACGGACCCGCCGACCAUUGUGGAUACACAGACUGUUGACUUGGGGCAAUUGCCAGGUUACGGGUUUCCUCCGGGAGGGCCAUUGGUGCUGCGUUCGCCGAGUCCAUCCCGCGCGCAGACCGGAGGUGGAUUUGGUAAAUAUUUCGAGCCUCAAGGCGAGCUUCAGAUCCAGCUUCAAACGCACUCGUUGUCCCAACACGAUUUUGUAAACCCCGUGCCAAUCUCUGCAAGGAGCGUGAGCAUUCAAGGUGGCCAGAAAGAGGUGGUUAGCGGGGCCGCUCCUGACAACAGUGUCGUCAUUACAAAGCGUUCAAAGACUUACGCCGAUCUUUCGACCAGUACUCAAGAAAUGUCAACAAUGAGCACGAGAGCAGGGCAGAAAAGGAAAGCGGAUUUGCAAUCGAGGGAAGGAGUCGAUUCUGGCUUGACAUCGGUCUCGGGAUCUUCGUCUGUGGCACCAGAGCAUAACGUCCAGCAUAAGUCCGAGAUGUCGUUCGGAACGACAGAGGCAGGCUCGACUCGGGCAGUGAAGAGGCGGACAAUGCAAUUCAAGCAUGAUUCGGAAGCUGACGACGAUGGCGAUGAAGCGGAGGAAGAGGACGAGGCAAGGCCAAUAAGCACGGCGUUAUUUGCGCCUGGCCCAGGACAAGUGCAGAGUUCGUCAGCGCCGACGGCGAGAACGUCGGUUCCAAAGAUCGAACAGUCAGACUCUCAUGAGACACGAAGAAUAGCAGAGGUUGCCCAUCAUUUCACAACGACGUUACCGGCGGGAAAGGUUUUCCCAAUCCAGAUCGGCUCAGAAUUGUUUCGUUUGUCGGGUGCAUCCAUCUCUUCUGAUUCGCCUUCUUAUUUCUCCCACUACUUCGGCGAACAGUUGAUACAAACCGGCGGACGGGCUAGCCAGGUUAAAACUUUGUACAUUGACCGAGAUCCUAAAACCUUCAGCGACAUCGCCUUGCAUUUGCAGGGCUACUAUGUGAAGCCACGUGACGAGGAACAUUUUGUGCGGCUGUUCGCCGAUGCACAGUUCUACUCAUUACCACGCCUGACCCAACAACUUUUCAAAUCCGAAAUCUUUGUUCAAGUGGGUGAUCGACACUUCCAAAUCCCCCGCGACCUGUUCUCCUCCCCAGGCGAUAGCCCGAACUUCUUCUCUCUUGGAUUUGCACACUUUUUUACUACUCCCUCGGAAGUUUUCCCCGGUCUGGAUCGCCAGAUGCUGCUCAGACCGCCUUCAAUCUUGCCACCAUCUGUUGCUAACCGAUCGGGAGACGUCUUUGCAGAUUUACUACGUAUUCUGCAGGGUUACGACGUCAAGAUUCGAGAUGAAAGCCACCGCGCCGAACUACUCCGAGACGCCCGCUACUUUCAUCUGAAGGGAGUCGAACAACGACUGAUUCCUUGCAAAAUAUCACACAACGUACUACGCGGUCGUAGUGAGAUCGUGGUACGUCUCGAAGAUAUUCGCCAAUCUGGUGUAGGCUUCCUUCAGAAAGGGAAAAUGCCAUCAUCGUGCCCCAAAUUCCCCAUGAUGCAACAACCGGACGAGUUAGGUUCUGAAGUCGACAAAGAAGACUCAGUUCCCAUUGGCUGGGUGACAUACCAGCGCCCCUACGUGGACGAUGCGGCUCAUUAUCUUGUUGUCGAGCUAUCAUCAGAAGAAUCGACGCGUCUCGACAUGGCUUCCAUGCGAGCCUCUUUUUAUGGUCAAACCAAGGCUCGGGUUGCCAGCCUGUUCGGUGUGGUAGCAACGAAACUAAAUCUUCCUGCCAUGGUACCCUUAGGGUUUAUGAUGAUGCAAUCUGGUGGAGGCAUCGCAGCACAGCCUGUCAGCCCUGCCAACUCUGGAGUAAGUGGUGAUCGUGUCCGCUUCAGCGUUGAUCGUGAUGCCUUUGUUGUCCUUGAUGGUGAUGAGGUAGAGUGGGAUGACAAUGACGAGAAUAUGGCAGAGACGUGUGCUUUAUCAAAGUUACCCAAGGUGCAAAAGUGGAAACGAGAAAGAGCGCUAAACAAAGAGAUGGAAUGGCAUAUUCAAAGGGGGCAGUGGCGGCUACGUGUUGGACCAAGUCAAGAUCUCGAGGCCGGCCAGAGCAAAGUUGAGGUCGUGCUCUGCGCAGUGCGCCUUGAAGGGUAUACGAGAGAGAUGUAUCGCAACAGGGCAAGAGAUUUCUUGGUGUGAAAAAACGUGACUUUUCAACACACAGAUGAGGUUGGGGAGGGGGUGAGGAGUUACAGAUACGCCAUUGGAUAUGCUUCAUUGACGACCGGAGCUGUGUUUGCAUUUGGAAGCGUAUCGGAUACCAAAAUAAGAGAGCGCAGUGGCUGCUCAAUUUAGAAAAUGGACUGAAUGAGAAAUAGUAGAUACCAUGUUCAUUGACUGAGGAACCUGAGACUUUUUGCGUGAGAAU